AAUCCAUGUCCCGCAAAAAACUUUAACCAGUAGUAAAUAUCCAAUGAUGAAGAAUUUAUCGGAAUAAACAACCUAUGCUACGAAUUGUUUCUCAUCUUACUCACCAAUGGAAGAUAUGAGAGAUUCAACAGCAGUGCCACAGAUUGUGAAGAUUGUGAGGUUGGUUGUUAAGUUUCAUCCGCUAUUGACAGUGACCAACCUAAUCUUUGGAGUAAUAUUUCUAUAUGAUUGGAUUGAAGAGGAGGUGAGCAAUCAAUGGAAAAUUCUCAAGGUUUAUUGUCAAUCAACAAUAAGAGCUGUGCUAGAUCUGAUUAUUAAGAAGAUGAAGAAUCUAUCGAGAGCCCUCCAAAUGCAUCUCAACAACGAAGUAGCAAAGGGUCAGCUAAAGGCCAAGGUGAUUGGUAAACUUGCUUUGUUCUUUGCGACAUUUCUUUUGCUAGAUACAGAGUUUUGUUCAAAAUAUGAUAAAGAAGGGACCAAAACGCAAUUAUUGUUGCUUUUUGGAAUGGGUCUGCUAACAAAUUCAAAGCCUUGGAGUCAACUAGGAAUUCUCCAUGGAAGGUGCGUCUGCGUGGCAAAUUCAACAUCAAACUUCACCUUCUUUAUUCUAGCAAUUGUUUUUGCAAAAUUUUAUGACGAUUCCUUGAGAACCAUAAGUGUUUUGCUGUUUAUUGCAGUGUUUGUUUUAUGUCUACUAGUGGUAUUGAGACCACGGACAGAUCUUGGGUUGUUUAGUUUCAUUAUUGGUGUCAUUGGAUCCAUUACUUAUAACCGCUUUGAGUUCACGUUUACCACAUGGAUAAUUGCCUCCAUCUGUUUUAUAUUGUUCAGUUUCAAGAGCUGGUUAGAUAAGUACUGGUUGGAUUUGCAACAAGAUCCCUCUAUAAAUACAACAGUUGAAAGCACAGGCAUCAGCAUGAUUUUGAUUUUGGUAGGUUUACAUGUUGCACAAUCCUUCAUCAUAUGUUCUGCUAUCAAAUCUUCACUCUCCAACUACAAAGUCUGGUUAGUUAACGUAAUUGUUAGCAUGAUUUGGAGUCUCCGAAUCCGUAAGUUCUAUGGCGAAGAUAACUCAUUGCCUUCUACAAAUACUAAAGGAACCAUUGGUUUGAUUUUCAUCGUUGUGAAUGUUGUGCAAGGCAUGCUUUCGCUUAUUGUUACUGUAUAUCUCAUAGCUGAUUAUAAAUAUUGGUUCAUUGCAGUAAUCAGUUAUGUGAUUUUCCAUUUUUGGUUAUGCAUAUUUUGGCCAAAAAAUCUAUCAUCACACCAUACAAAUACCGAAGGAAUCAGCGGUAUGAUUUUGUUUUGGCGAGCUAUGAUCGCACGUGACAUAGAGUUGAUGUCUGGUUUGGAACCCUACCUGUACCUAAGAGAAUCGUUAGUUGGGGUAAUCUUUUGGAUACUUUUGCUGGUUCGGCUACAUAUUGUCAUUUCCUAAAUAUCUCUAAUUGUGUAUCACAAUUGACUUUAAAGCUCUACAGUGGUGAUAUUUACCAGUUUCAUAUGUAAAUCUUAAUUAGAUAUUAGCUUAAAUUGUAAGUACUUGGAUAGAUGGAAAUUUUUUUAUUUCUAUGUCAUUCUCUUUUUCAGGUGUAUAUAUAUAUAUACACACACACACAAAUUGUUUGUAAUUUUUCAUUCAUUUGUGGGUAUUGUAAGUUUGGAUUUAUUGCAAAUGGGCAUUUGUUAUAUACACACCAAAAUAACCCCAAGGGUUAGAU